UGUCCUGGUGCAGAGGGCGCGGGAGGCACCCUCCCUCUCAUUUCUUCAAAAGAAAGCAUCUGACCCUUUUAGGGGAAGAGGCUGUAACAGCUCUGGCACCUUCCACCCCGCUUAGAAAUCCACAACUGCCCACACAUUCCUCCCCCAACCCCACCCACACAGCCCCACUCACUUGCCAAGGCUCACUGGCUGGGGGGGCACAUCGCCGCUAACUGUCCACCCUCCCCAUUUCCCAGAGGGGCCAGCAGGGCGGCGCUGGGGAGGGGCCGUGAGUCAGGGAUAAGGACUCCGAACAAAGGUCGGGUAGGGCUCCUCAGAACUCCCGGGCAGCCCCACGGCCCCUCCCCAAGGCCCGCCCCCUACUCUCCGGUUACAGCUCGCGCCCUCCGGCCCCGAAGACACACCUGCUCUCGGCACCAUGGAGUUCGACCUGUCGGCAGCCGUGGAGUCCCCCUCCAAAAAGCCCCAUGUGGGAGACCCCAAGCACAGCCCCAACAAAGUUCAGGGCGGGUCAGCUGAUAACCUGAAGCAUCACCAUGGCCAUGGCCAUGGCCGCUCCUCAGAUUCCAGCAGCAGCAGCAGCAGCAGCUCCAGCGACUCGGAAAACGAGGCGAAGCCCGGCGCCGCCGGCUCACAGCAGCACAAAAGCGCCUCGGACAAGGUCAAGAAGCCCAAGGUGAAAAAGGAGAAGAAGAAGAAGGAGGACGAGAAGAAAAAGCCUUCCCACUGACGGGCCUGGGCGGGGUUCAUUAAACCCUUUUUCGGCCUCCGG